AUGGCGAGACCGAACGAACCAGAUAUAACGCGAAAGCGUGCCAAAAAGGACGCCUAUUUCGCAGUCAACGGCAACGGACAUCCUUCCCCGUUGAUAUCUCCACCUCCUGCCGUGGGCCAAUUUAGUCCUCCCAGUAUACCCGGUACACCCGUGCAGCCCAGAAUUCCCGAGUGGAGGGUGCCACCCGGCUCAGAUCAUGAACGCAGUCCGUAUGCGGCCAGAGCAGCUCAUAUCAGCAUACCAGAGAUAAAUCAUAUUCGUAUCCGUGAAGAUGAGCUGAUAAAAGUAAGUAAACCACUAAGAACAACAUCAGAAUCUUUCGCAUUUGGUUUUCUGGAUAAUGGACUGAGCAAGAGAUUAUCAAGAUGUUAUCAGAUUCCAGGUGAGGUUGAGAUAACUGAAGACGCCAAAGACUCUCCACAGCCUGCUAUUCCUCGUUCUCCACGGCCUCGCUCCAGGUCUCCUCGUGCCCGUUCUAGGUCUCCUCUUGCUCGCUCCCGGUCUCCUCGUACUCGCUCCAGGUCUCCUCGUGCUCCCUCCAGGUCUCCUCGUGCUCGUUCCAGGUCUCCACGUGCCCGCUCCAGGUCCCCUCGUGCUCGUUCCAGGUCUCCUCGUACUCGUUCCAGGUCUCCUCGUGCUCGCUCCAGGUCUCCUCGAGCCCGUUCUAGAUCUCCUCGUACUCGUUCCAAGUCUCCUCGUCGUCGCUCGCGUUCUCCCCGCUCACCACAACGACGUUCACCUCAGCGGAGAGAUGACCAACCACCAGGAUCGCGAGCCUCACCCCCUCCAACCAUUCCAGACCCGUUGGAUGAGGAGCCGUCUUUAGCAGGUGUACUGACGUUAGGAGAGCCGAGUGGAGUGUUAGAGGUGACUGCAGAACCUGGAGACGAUGAGAUGCCCACGACUUUAGUAGGGGAAUACCAGGUGAGGGAAAGAAGAAAAAAGAAACUCGAUCAGAAGAUGUAAAUUGGUAUUCAAGUAAAAAUAUGUGCCACGUGCUGAUCUUUUGGUUAAACCAAAAUGUCGAGUGAUCAAUUUUCCACAGUUGUCAUUUUUUUCAUUUUAUAAGGGUAUCUGUAGUGCUUCCACUGCUAGUUUGUGUGUUUCGAAAAAAAGCUGACCUCGGUUUGAUAUGUCGUAGCUUGGCCGUAUUCCGAAGAGACUUGCUAAAGAAAAUACCAAAUUUCGUGUUGAUUUUUAUCUAUAUUUGCUCAAACCGCGCUUACAAGAAGCAAAAACAUUGUUGAAUAAAGUGAAAGAAUCAAGGUUAGUUUUCAUUGAAAUUCUUGCUGACACGCCUCGGUAAGUCAAAAGAGGUUAUGAAUUUCAAGAUUUCUGCAUUAACAUCACGUUGCACGAGGCUUGUAUUUUCUCCCCAGGUUCCUGUUCCCACCGGGCUAGUUACCCCAGGGGUACCUAUCAAGACCAUUAUCCCAUCCCCACCGCAGAAGAGGAGAAGGUUGGCUAUCGACCGUAGCAUCCAACUCGAUGCUGAUGUCAUAAGACGAAACGUGGAUACAGAAGGACGAGAGACUCUCCGGGAACGAGUGAGAAACAAGCAUGCUUUGUUUUACGUACUGUUAUGUUUAAGCGCCAAGUUUUAAGACAGUCGGUAAACGUCCGCUCGCAGUUUAGUUGUUCUCCCCCUGACCUCGAACUUCUAAAGAAAAUCCCGAUCAGAAAAAUUGAAAAAAAAAACUUUCUGAAGAAAGCUAUCACGAAUCUCAGUUCACUUUUGCGUGAAAGCGGUGAAAGGUGGCCGCCAGACAUGGAAUUUCUGCUGUUAACGAGAAAAGGAAACUCGAUGCCUAGUUUGUGAGAUUUUCAGAAGUGACUUAUUUUGCUGCGUUCAUUGAGUUUCGAUCAGGUACGAUUCAAGUUUAAUGUUGGAGUGAAUUCACCAUCACCUGGACAUGCCUUAUCUCAUCUGAUCUUCUGUAAAGUAAAUUCCUUGAGGGUUACAUCCUUGGUUACAAGUUGAUCAUCAAAGCCUCGCUUUCUUUACCUCUCGCUCAAUGAUCAUGUGAUAUUUGAAGCAAAUAACACGCAUUCUUUAUUCAGGUAUUGCCAAAUGACAUUAGCAUGUUCCUGUGCUUUAUUUCAGAGACUUGAUGAAUAUCCAUUGAAAUCUGUAAAGGAUCUGUUCACAACACCAGCCACAGAAGCUCUCCUUAGCUAUCCUUUUCUCGACUUGUGGAAGAGAAAUGCUGUCACAGUCCCUAAAGACUACUCGUCGAGCGAGUCUGGGGCGUCGGAUGAGGGAAGUCCGUUACCCAUUCAGGAUAGUUUUGAGGUACGUGCCCAUGAUAAUGGCGGCUCGAAGGUUAGUCCCAAAACUAUCAUCUAUAAACAUACACAGUAAUGUUAACUAGAAAUAAAAAAUAACUUUAUGUCCAGUGGAAACAUCCUUAUGGCUGUUUGAUCUCAGAUCGGUUGGAAGCAAAUAAAUCCCAAAAAGAAAAAACUGUUGAUCGAGCAGUUUCUGUCCUCACUGCUUUCUACGGUAUCGUCAACCUGCACUUCAUUGUGGGUCCCUGCCAAUCGAACACUGUUCAAUACAAUAAGUUCGUUGGUUUUCCAUUGGCCAGUGCUUCUAGUGACGCGAUAAAACAAUGACAUACAGUGCUCUUAGGCCUCGUCCACACUACGCCG